AGCUAUUAUUGCUGUAAAAUUUCAUACACACGUCGCUACACCUUACAUUGUGAUCGUCUGUUCAUUAGUCAACUGUUUCGUGAAAACUGUGAUAGAUAUGCAGUAAAAAUCCAGUUCCCACCAUUCAUUUAAAUACAGAUUUUUUAUUGUGGUAUUUUCUUCGUAAAAUUUUUUACACAUUGAUAAAAGCAUUCAUAUAGCUAUUCUGGGUUUAUGAACCAUUAGAGGCUGCUAAGAGAUGAAACUGGUUAUAUUUUUGACUCUGUUGAUGAGCACAAUUUUUGUUGCUCGAACAGCAUCAGUUUCAAGUUCAGAUGAAGAAAGCAACACCAUUGGAGGCUUACAAAAUGAAGAAAGUAACGUUGAAAAUAAAAUCGAAAGCAGUGGUAAUGAACAAUUAUUCACUACAAGUCUAAAUGCUCACUCAGAAAUUGAAAACACUGCAGAAUUUAAAUUCACUGAAACUGUCUCCUUGGAUGAUCUAUGGAGUGAAAAUUUUGAGACGGAGUAUAUCUCAUUGGAGAUCAGACAUGCACAGCAGCAGAUUCCUAGACAAGUUUUGGAAAUUUUAAGACGUCCUUCCAAGAUAGCCGAAGGUAUCAGAAGUGAAUCACAAUCUGCUUCAACUACUGACCAGUAUGAAAAAUUUCGUAUCAAAGUUCAACCAUCUGAAAAAAUUACUCUUCUGGACAGCAAUGACCUCGAAAACAGUAAUGAUACCUCACUGCAAUCUGCAGCAUCCACUUCAAACCAGUCACCUACAGAAUUUUCCAACGAUAUUGGUCAAAAGGAAGGAUUAACCGAAUGGUCGAUAUACAGAGAAUAUAGAACAACUAUGCAACCCUCAAAACAUGAAAUUCACAGCAGAAAAGACCCUUAUUUGGUAGCAGUCUUUGAUGAAAUUACCCAACAAAUCGAUUUUGAGUCUAACGAAUUAACCGAUGUAAUUGAGAAUAAUGAAUUCAAACCUCAAGCAGAAAUCAUCACUUCACCACAUCUACAUCAUCAAAGCACACCACUUCAAACAAUUGACUAUACACUUCCAAGUGUUAUUAAUAAAGAUCUCAUCGAUGAUCUUCAAGCCCCUGUCGACCAAACUUGGAAAGGGGCUGAUUAUCAAGUACGUUUCAAACGCAAUUCUCCAGAUGGCGAUGUUGAAUUGUGGUGGAAAAAGGGCGAAGAUGAUAUUUAUUUACAUGCAUUUCCCAAUGGAGCUAUUGACCAGAACUGGGGGUUUGGAACAGUACACUUGGGGUUGUUUCGGGAUGAAGAUGGCAAUCUGUUACAAGUCUGGGAUUUUGGUAAUACUAAAUUGGAGUAUAUCAAGGAUAUAAAAUCACCCCCGCCUCGUAGAGUUUGGGAAUUCGGCAAUAGAGACGAGGCUUCAUAUUGGAAAUAUCGCCAUUUGAUCAAAUUAUGGUGCAAUGCUAAUGAUUUUUUCGUUGGCGAAAAAUCUUGCAUCAUUUAUUAAUUUUAUAUAGACUCUGGGAGAGGAGCCCCCUACCAUCAUUGAAAAUUAUAAAUCUUCAUUUUCAAGAUUUUUGGAAUGUAUGGGGAAGCUAAAAAUUAAAGAGUGGGUGAGAGGAAGUGAAAAAUGGAAUGGAAUAGGUACCUUAAAGAUUACUUGUUUUCAUUUUUUUUCAUCAUUGUAUUUAUUAGCUAUAUAAUUUUGUGUAGUUUGGGUGUGCCUAUGCUGCACUACUAUUUUAAGACUCAGCACAAAAAAUGAAAACUUAAACAAAAAUAUGUUUUCCAAUUAUUCUUUAUAUUAAUUUACGUAAGUACCAAUUUUGAUAAGAUUAUAUAUGUAGGUAAAUGGGCAAGUACCUAAUUUACAUUUUCUAUGAUCUUUAUUUCUGUUCCUAUAAUCUUACAUUUUGAAAAGUAAAUUAGAAAUAGGUUAAGUAAACGCUUUGAAACAUUU